AUGGUGAGGUGUCCGCUCAGUUCUCACCAAUUUCUUAGAUAUGUAAGCACGGCGAUUAAAGCCGAAAUUGUGGGUACUCAUAAGGUGGAAAAGAUAAGGGAUGCUAUUGAAAGGGAGUGCAGCCAGGAGAAUAGCAGAUUGUUUGCAGUGGUCUAUAUCAAUAAACGACAGUUUAAAGUGUCAGAAAACGACCUCAUAGUUCUGUAUGAUAAUAUUCCGUUAGAUGUGGGAGACAAAAUCAAAUUAGAAAAGAUUCUGGCAGUUGGUGGAAAAAAUUUUACUCUAUUCGGUCGGCCACUUAUACAUUUUCCAGUUGUCACAGUAAAUGCUACUGUAGUUGAAAAAACGACAUCUUAUCCAAAUUUAAGAUAUUUGAUGAUUAAUCAUGCAAAAGUUCGAAUAAUGAACUGGAUGAGUCGUGAGACAGCGAUACUAAGAAUUAACGAUAUAAAAGUAGACAUGAGGGAGCAAUGA